CAAUCGUGACGUCACGACUAGGAUACCAGGAUAGCUCAGACGGGGUACGGCCGUGUUCCAGUCGUGCUCGUGCUAAAAUUCAGAAUUUCAGCAGUCAGACGGCGUGUUAACCGUCAAAAAGUACCCAAAAUAUUGUUCAGACAUUGUUAUACCUACCACAAACAUGGGACCGGGUUAAGUUGGUAAGAAUCGGAGUUAUCGGCGUCAAAAGGACGACCUUUGACGUGAGAGACUCUCUCUGAGGAGCCGCCAUCUUGUCAAGACUGCAGGUGUUGACGCCGGAGAGUCGACAGACAGAAACAAGCCUCAACAGUGAUGACAGACUGAACUAAGAAGAUUGUAGCACGACAGAAGACUCGGGAACACACCAUACAUCCCUCUACAACUCAGCAGUUUCUGGUUAAAGUUACGGUCCCAUCUUAGUCACCAUGGCACACAAAAGACUACUUGAACUACAAGCAUCCCAUCAGUCGUACCGCGCCCCCACCCCUCCCCCCGACCCUAACACAGUCGACCAGGCACUACUGGCUCUGGAGCGAGAAACCCGCAGCCUUCAGCAGCAGGCAAGUCAGGACCGAGAAGUCGGGCACCACAGACCCCGGAGGCCUCCUGUUAACAACAAGAACAGGUACGCAAGAUCAUCCCCAACAAAAGAGGAGCGGGAUAAAGCCCUAGUUGAGCACGCUGAAAAAAUCUACCACCACAAACUGCAGACCCAGAUGUUUGGGGAGGACCUCAGCGCCUCAAAACUGCAGACCAAGAAGCGAGGUAAGAAAGUCCGCGCACAGGAGAAGCUCCACCAACUCGAGCAGGAGCGCCACAACGCCGUGCCCUUCAACCAUGAACACCAGCUGGUCCAAAUGGCGCAAACCAGUGAGUCUAAGAAGUCUGCAACCUGUACUUUCUGGCCGCCUGCACAGCUCGGCCUGGUCGGAGUACAGAGUUCUGGGGGGAUGAUGGAAAAGGAGAGGAUGAGGUGCCGGAUGUAUCCUGACGGGGAUGAAGAGACCGUCUACGUAACGCUGGAAGAGCGCCGCCCUCACAGACGGAAGCAAGCAGCAUCCAAGGACUUGGAGAAGACUACCACCAAGCUGCCAUCCCUGGCUCCACAGCGCCACAGUCUGGCUGGGAAGAGAACUGCAGCAGACUGCACCAUCUCUGACCUUCCCUCACUGAAGGAGCCAAAGCCUCCGGUUGCCGCAAAGUCCGACAACACCAUGGCAGCAGAGAAUCUGCAGACCAAGAAGCGAGCAUCCCACCGCAGGACGAGAGACAGCCGGGCCCUGAAGCGGCGCUGUGAGAGUCCCAGCGGCACCGUGCGCAGCAAACACUAAGUCCUCAGGUCGCUCUGACAUCCCUCAUAGUCAUGUGGUUCAUAAACACUGUACAACUCAAAGAUAGAAACCCCUUGAAAAACUCAUUCCCCUUGGAUGGUCAAAACUCUUUCUACCUCAGCCUUAAAAUGGUUUGUACAAUAUAUAAAAGUACAUGUCCAUGUUUGAAAAACAAUUUUACUGGACAUUUUUCCAGUUUUAAACAUAAAUUCAUAUCCUUUCAUAAAACAACUCCCCACUAAUGAACAUUUAAGGUUAAAAGUUACAACAAAAUUUGUUCCAUUGCGGUGCAUGUCAAGUUUUUGACGUCACAGUAAGAAAAGGGGGGAAUUAAACACCACAGACCUGCACAUGAGGGAUCAGGGCCUAGCAAGUCUAGCUAGAGGAAUGUUCAUGGUACAAUAUAGAGAAAUAUGCCUGUAGCUAACAGAUAUCAGUGCCAUGGACACUCCUAUUAAGUUAUUUAGUAACAUCAAGGGUGUGUUUGAGUGAUGCACUUUAUCUCCUUAAAGUCUGCCAUCAAACACUGAGUGACCCUUAAGUACCAGGGCUUGAGGCAUUGUCAGGACAUCCACAAGUAAAUUCUGAGUACAAUAUUCCAACAGUACUUCAUCUGCUGUUAUAGGAAACCCAAAGGGAGGCUUCACCAUUAGGGUG